UGCGUGUCAUGGCCGCCCAAGCCGCGCUCCAGUACUCUUCCGCUUGGUCCCAGAAAGUUUCGGUUCUGCCCAGACGUGGACCCACAAGCGCGUGCCACCAUGGAGUCUGACCUUUGCUGACCAGACCCAGGCAGGAGGCGCACAGCCAAGACAGGCAGCCUGCAGCCAUCGCCAUGGCUUCCAGCAGCUCGGAGAGCCAGCUCCAGAGAAUCAUCCGAGAUCUGCAGGAUGCUGUGACAGAACUAAGCAAAGAAUUUAAGGAAGCAGGAGAACCUAUCACAGAUGACAGCACCAGCUUGCAUAAGUUUUCCUAUAAACUUGAGUAUCUCCUUCAAUUCGAUCAGAAAGAGAAGGCCACCCUCCUGGGCAACAAGAAGGACUACUGGGAUUACUUCUGUGCCUGCCUGGCCAAGGUGAAAGGAGCCAAUGACGGGAUCCGGUUCGUCAAGUCUAUUUCGGAGCUCCGAACAUCUCUGGGAAAAGGAAGAGCAUUUAUUCGCUACUCCUUGGUGCACCAGAGGUUGGCGGACACCCUACAGCAGUGCUUCAUGAACACCAGAGUGACCAGUGACUGGUACUAUGCAAGAAGCCCCUUUCUGAAGCCAAAGCUGAGCUCUGACAUCGUGGGCCAACUCUAUGAGCUGACUGACGUUCAGUUUGACCUGGCAUCGAGGGGCUACGACUUGGAUGCUGCCUGGCCGACAUUUGCCAGGAGGACACUGGGCACCGGCUCUUCUGCUUACAUGUGGAAACCCCCCAGCCGGAGCUCCAGCAUGAGCAGUUUGGUGAGCAGCUACCUGCAGAAUCAGGAGAUGGCCUCCAGCUUUGACCUGAACAGCACCUUAAACAACGAAGCACAGGAGGGCUUUGACGAGAUGCGGCUGGAGCUGGACCAGUUGGAGGUGCGGGAGAAGCAGCUGCAGGAGCAGAUGCAGCAGCUGGACAGAGAGAACCAGGAGCUGAAGGCAGCUGUCAGUUUGCAGGGAGAGCAGCUGCAGAUGGAGAGGGAGAGGAGUCGUGCUGCAGCUGAGGAUAAUGCUCGCCUCACUUGCCUGAUGGCUGAGCUCCAGAAGCAGUGGGAGCUCACCCAGGCCACACAGGACACCGUGAAGGAGCUGAAGAAGUGCCUGCAGGCCCUGGAGCUGGGUGCAGCAGAGAAGGAUGAGGAUUACCACUCAGCCCUGCGGCGGCUGGAGUCCAUGCUGCAGCCCCUGUCACAGGAGCUCGAGGCCACACAGGACUCUCUGGGCAGGAAGAAUCAGCAUUUAGCUAAUGUCGCAGACCAGCUGUUCAUGGCUGAGCAGAAGGCAGAAACGGCACUAGACACAAAGGGACAGCAAGAGUGCAUCCCCAGUGACUCAGCCCUAGAGAUCCAGGAGCUAGGCGAGAAGCUUCAAGCCCUAGAAGGGGAGAAUACCAAGGUCCAGGAGCUCAGUAGGCAGCAAAGUGCGCAGCUGGAGCAGCUGGCCAAGGAGCUGCAGCUGAAGGAGGAGGCCCGGGCCAGCCUGGAGCGCCUGGUACAGGAGAUGGCCCCACUCCAAGAAGAGCUGUCUGGGAAGGGGCAAGAGGCAGCCCAGCUCCGGCGACAGCUACAGGAGGUGCUGGCCCACUUGAGCUCCCUGGAGGAAGAGCUAGCGGAGGUGAGGCGGGAGGCACAGCGGCGGUGGGAGGAGAAGGAGCAGCUGGAGCAGGAGGCCAGGUCCCUGACACAGCAGCUGCGACUCCUGGAGACCCAGCUGGCACAGGUGAGCCAGCACGUGAGUGACCUGGAGGAGCAGAAGAAGCAGCUCAUCCAGGACAAAGACCACCUCAGCCAGAAAGUGGGGAUGCUGGAGCAGCUUGCUGGGCAGCUGGGCCCAGAUCUGCCCAUGGCGAAUGGAAAGAGUGAAGCUCUGGCCCCCCUCAACUCCACCCUGCAACAGGCCUUGGAUAAGCCAGAAGAGGAGCAAAGGAAUCUGCAGGAGGGACAGAUGGACAAUACCAAGAUGCUAGGGGGCAGCCAGCAGGAGAAGCUCCAGCAGGCCAACAGGGAGCUGGAGAAGGAGCUGCAGAAUGUGGUUGGGCGCAACCAGCUCCUGGAGGACAAGCUUCAGGCCCUGCAGGCUGAUUACCAAGCCCUGCAGCAGCGGGAGGCAGCCAUCCAGGGCUCCCUGGCCUCCCUGGAGUCAGAGCAGGCCAGCAUCCGGCGCUUAGGUGACCAGAUGGAGGCAAGCCUCCUGGCUGUGAGGAAGGCCAAGGAGACCAUGAGGGCCCACGUGGCAGAGAAGGAGGCUGCCCUGCAGAGCAAGGAGGCUGAGUGCCAGCAACUGCAGGAGGAGGUGGAGCAGUGCAGGCAGCUGGCAGAGGCCCGGGAAGGGGAGCUCAGAGCUCUUGAGAGCCGGUGCCUCCAGCAGACCCAGCUGAUCGAGACCCUCACAGCAGAAAAUGGCCCACAGGGGCUCGGCCCACCUCAAGACAAUGCACCCCAUGAGCUGGCAGCCCAGCUGGCCCUGUCUCAGGCACAGCUGGAAGUCCAUCAGGGGGAGGCUCAGCGGCUGCAGGCUAGGGUGGUGGACCUCCAGGCCAAGCUCCAGGCAGCCCUGGAUGACCAGGAGAAGGUACAGAGCCAGCUGAGCGUGGCUGAGGCAGCUCUGAGGGAGCACAAAGCCCUCGUGCAGCAACUGAAGGAGCAGAACGAAGCCCUCAACAGGGCCCACGUCCAGGAGCUCCUGCAGUGCUCGGAGCGCGAAGAGGUGCUGCAGGCGGAGAGGGCUGAUGAGGCCCAGCAGAGGGAGGAUGAGCUCAAGGCCCUGCGGGAGGAGCUGUCCCAGGCGAAAUGCAGUUCGCAGGAAGCCCAGCUGGAACAUGCUGAGCUGCAGGAGCAGCUGCACCGGGCCAACACAGACACAGCCGAGCUCGGCAUCCAGGUCUGCGCACUGACUGCGGAGAAAAAGCGGGUAGAGGAGGCACUGGCCUGCACAGUCCAGGAGCUCCAGGAUGCCAAAGAGGUGGCCUCAAGGGAGCGAGAAGGCCUGGAACACCAAGUGGCAGGGCUGCAGCGAGAGAAGGAGAACUUGCAGGAGAAGCUGAAGGUGGCUGAGGAGACAGCCAGGUCACUGCCUAGCCUGCAGGCCCAGCUGGCCCAGGCUGAGCGGCGGGCCCAGAGCCUCCAGGAGACUGCACACCAGGACCUUGACACCCUCAAGUUCCAACUGAGCGCCGAGAUGGUGGACUGCCAGAGCAGACUUAAGGCUGCCAGUGAAGAGUGUAGGAGCCUCAGGGGCCAGCUUGAGGAGCGAGGCCGGCAGCUGCAGGCCGCCGAGGAGGCUGUGAGGAAGCUGAAGGCCGUCCAGGCAGAUAUGGGAGAGAAGCUGAGCUGCACCAGCAAUCACCUUUCAGAGUGCCAGGCCACCUUGAAGAAGAAGGACGAGGAGGGGGCUGCCCUGCGUGAAAACUUGGACAGGACCCAGAAGGAACUUCAAAAAGCCACGACAAAAAUCCAAGAGUAUUACAACAAACUGUGCCAGGAGGUGACAAACCGGGAGAAGAAUGAUCAGAAGAUGCUCGCUGACCUGGAUGACCUGAAUAGAACCAAAAAGUACCUGGAGGAGCGGCUGAUAGAGCUGCUCAGGGACAAGGAUGCUCUCUGGCAGAAAUCAGAUGCCCUGGAAUUCCAACAGAAGCUCAGUGCUGAGGAGAGGGGGCUCGGGGACACGGAGGCGAACUACUGCCUUGACUGCAAGCGGGAGUUCAGCUGGAUGGUGCGGCGGCACCACUGCAGGAUAUGUGGCCGCGUCUUCUGUUACUACUGCUGCAACAACUAUGUCCUCACCAAGCACAACGGCAAGAAGGAGCGCUGCUGCCGAGCCUGCUUCCGGAAGCUCAGCGAGGGCCCCGGCUCCCCUGACAGCACCAGCUCGGGCACCAGCCAGGGAGAGCCCAGCCCCGCACCAUCACCAGCCCACGCUGGGCCCCAGGCCACCGGAGGCCAAGGUGCAAACACAGACUGCAGGCCGCCAGACGACGCCGUGUUUGACAUCAUCACAGAUGAGGAGUUGUGCCAGAUACAGGAGUCCGGCUCCUCCUUGCCUGAAACACCCACUGAAACUGAUUCUCUUGACCCAAACGUGGCCGAACAGGACACCACGUCCAACUCGCUCACCCCUGAGGACCCCGGAGACCUGUCGGUGGGGCAGGACGCUGAAAUCUGCUUGCUGAAGGCCGGAGAACUGAUGGUAAAGUUACCCCUCACAGUGGAAGAGAUCACCAGCUUCGGGGAGGGCAACAGGGAGCUGUUUGUGAGGUCCAGCACCUACAGUCUCAUCCCUAUCACCGUGGCCGAGGCAGGCCUCACCAUCAGCUGGGUCUUCUCCUCGGACCCCAAGAGUAUCUCCUUCAGCGUGGUCUUCCGGGAGUCAGAGGACACACCCCUGGAUCAGUGUAAGGUCCUCAUUCCUACAACCCGAUGCAAUUCCCACAGGGAGAACAUCCAGGGCCAGCUCAAGGUCCGCACCCCCGGCAUCUACAUGCUCAUCUUCGACAACACCUUUUCCAGGUUUGUCUCCAAGAAAGUAUUUUAUCACCUGACAGUUGACCGGCCUGUGAUCUACGACGGAAGUGAUUUCCCAUAGCCUCAAGCACCUGGAUUUUAAUAGUUUCACUUUAUCCACAGGAAACACUACUCUUCCUCACCUGUCACAUAAAGCACUAAAAAAAAAGCAGCUGCUCUGAAGCGGAUCCACUGUGCAAUCUGAGGGACAGGCCCUCGGGCUGCUCCUCAGAGUGGCGUUGUCCCCAGCACUGUGUCCCCAGCACUAUGCACCAUCACUCUUAGCCCCCGUGGCUUUUAAGGGCUCAAGCAAUGUUUCCAUUGAUUAGGGACCCACUGUCCUCACACCCAAAGGGACCCUCUGCCAAAAAUUUAGCAACUCAGGAGACCAUCGGCCUCUCCUUGGGGCACGGUUGGUUACAGGCCUCCUGUGGAGAGUUUCACAGGCCAGAGGUGAUCCUGACUUCUGCCCCUGGAGAGAGAUGCCCCACUGUGUCCAGCGCAGGGCCAGGCAUCCUGGAUGACCAUGAGCUGGGAUGCCCUGGCCAGACCCUGUGAGACCCGCAGGUCCUCCCGAAAAAGGAGACCACAGGGCCAUCAUGAGCGUCAGGGCGCCCUGGGGGCCCUCCUGAGAUCCCAACCAGCCUCUUCCUGUCAUGCUCCUGUCCCUUCCUGCCCCAGGAGUUUGGGGCUAUUCCAGAACUCAGCAAUUCCAGAGGGACCUCUAACUGCACUUUCCUCCCAGCCCUUCUCUCUGGGCAAUUCUUGAGCAAAGCCUUUCACCCAGGCCUCUCAACAGCUCAAAACAUCACCCUAAGAGUCAGAACUGAAGAUUAUCCAGGAAACAGAGCCCACCGUACUGAGGGCCUACAGAGGCCGUCUAUAUACAGGUGGCUGAGCCCAGUGCUGGCUGACGUUGAUGCCAUGACCAAAGAGCAGGCUUGUGCAUUGGCCUUUCGGGCUCACUCCCCAGCUAAUGGCCUGUCUUGGUUGAUAUAAAUAAGAGCUUCUGCCUCACCUGCAGAUAUGUUUACCGAUGGUCAUAAUCAAGAUAAGAACCACUUUCAAAAUUUAGGACGCUCUUAACAAAAGUCUUUGGUAACUCAAGUGUGAAUAGGCUUAAGUCAUGAAUCUGCUCUUUGUUUGCUUCUUGGUCCGCACUCCCACCUGUCAGAUUCCCCAGCACCCCAUUUGCCCACUCCCUGCUGCUCAGCCUGCACCUGACAGCCAGGAGCCCUCUCCCCUUGGGCAGAUGAAUCCUGUUUCCUUUUCCCGGACAAGAAGGAAAUAAUCUUCCUGUUCUCUGUGGCACUUUUCUUCUCCCACUAGAGAGAGCUCACCUUUGAUGGCCUCUUUGUGCCUUGUUCACAGAGGCCAGCCACCUGCAGUCAGGGCCCGGGUACCUCCACAGGUAGGCAGAGCAGCUGACGAAGCAGCCCACUUUGACCAGGGAUAAGGGGGAGCACUGGGCCCCGCCAGUCCUCCAGCUAGCCUGGGACCUAGUCAUACCACCUCAGGGCUUCCUUCUGUCAUCCACAGGCCUGAUCUGACUGGUUUUGAGAGCUUGAAAAUGGGUCAGGAACCCCAAGCCAAGUUCAGCACAGACCCCACACCCACCAUGUGCCAGCAGAGGACUCUCGUGGGGCAGAGGCAAGAGGAAGUGACUUCUGCAGUGACUCAGACCUUUCAUAUAAAUAGGAGACUUGGGCGCUUCCUUUCAGUUUAGGCGGGGUGUGGGGAAUUGUGAACAGAACCUUCCAGAGAAGUCAGCCUGGAGAAAACUAGACCUCUUGUGCUCUCUUUCCUUGGAGCAGCCUCCUCUGGCAGAAAGCCAUCAGGGUCUCUAGCAUCUCCUACUGGCCGAGGCCACGACAGUGCUCAACUCCAGAACAGAAAAUGUACAGGCCUGCAGAGACUCUUCCUAGCUUCAUGCUUGUCCUCACAGGUGUGCCACACAGCCUAAGGAUUGUUCCACCAGAGCAAAUUAUCCUGACCUUGAGUCCACCAACCCCCUUGGAAAGAAUAAUCAGAAGUGGCUAGUUCACCCCAUGAAAGAAACUAACAAUUAAGAGAACCCCAAGCAGUCUGGAGUCACGUUUUGAGUGCUUAGCUUUCCCACGAGACUGUGGAGACUCGGCCACACUGUCCUCUGCAGCCAGAACCAACAUUUAGUGAGUAGCCAGUGUGCUUCCUACGGAAGGCCUGAGACGUUCCAUCUGAGACCCAUUCUGUACCUCUGUCACUCAGCCCUGCAGGAGGCCAUCUGCAGCUUAAAAACCACGAAGCCAACCCAGAACCACUCCUCCGGGAGAGCAGGGGCCCCUUGUGGUGUGCACCCCCUCGAACGUUCACUGCAGUUGUGCAGAAAGGCCUUUGCUGUGUUCAGAGGACGCCCAGUCCCCCAGUGGUCGUAUUCUGACUCCGCACCUUAUUUAUUGUUUGUGCUGGAUGGACUCUUGUCCUUUGUGAGUUUGCUGUGCACUAUGCAGCUAGAGAACAUCUUUGCCUAUUUAAGUGUGGCUUGUAUAAAUAGCUUUAUUCUUAUUUUAAACAGGUUCCCAACUUUACUGAGGUUUUGGGGUUGGGGUACUUUAAAAAAAUGCAAAUGACAAUGAAGAACAACUAUUGAAGGUGGUAGCCCCAGCCAGUGUCUACUAGAAAUUACACUAGAAAUCAACAAGAAGGAAACAUCUUGAGGAUCUCAGAUCACUAUUUAAAAAAAACAAAAAACCAGCAGCCCCUUCAUCGCCCAGCUCUCUGAAUAAUAGUCACUUACUUUUUAGUAUUGAUACCAACUGCCUUGUCUACUUCUGCCUCAGAAGCUACCAAUCAGCCUCACUCACCCGAGAAGAUGGCGUUUGUCAGGCACUCUCGUCCACAGGAAGCAAGGGUGUUGGAGACCUAGUGUGGCCUCCGCAGAGCCCUCCUGGCUGGAGCCCGCUGGACUCCAGGUUGACUGGACCGAGAGCAGGCAGAGAAAUUCUCAAGCAGCAAUCUGGAACUGAAAAAUCCCACAGGGUUUGGAAAGUAGAAAUGAAACACCACAUAAUAGAACUCUAAAGGGGAUGGUUUUUCUGAAAUUUUUCAGUUGUCACCCACCUAAGGUGGUGAAGCCAUUCCGGACUCACAUGAGAGGAAAUCCCCCAUUUGAGAAUGAAAUCUCCAAGUCUGUGUUUUAUGAUACUGGUUAGGUGUCCACUGAUACAAUUUUAUACGCAUUUCAUAUUUAAAAGUCCCCCUUGGUACUUCUGCAUGUGAGGAUCCCAUCCUUGGCUCAGAGGUGUUGAGAAUUAAAGCAGAGACUCCGUGUGUGAUGCUUGAAACCGAGGGUCCCCCUGCACAGAGACCGCUGAGUCAGCCGUUCACGUUCACAAAACACUUACCCAACAGACACUUGUUAGUGGAACCUUGGGUAAAGUUUUUCUCAUUUCAUUGUGAUUCUUCCAAGAAAACAGGAAAGACUGAAUAAUGCCUUUUCCCUCUUAAGCACUUUUUAAAAAUAAUAAAGUAUAUCUUUAAAUUUGGGGAGGCAUCUCUGAUAAAAAGACAUCCUUAGAACCUUAUGACAAGUGUUAUCCAGAGACACUGCUGCCUCUGGUGGCUGCAGGACAGCACCCAGGCUUCAGCUGGACGGCUUCCAACCCGAAUUGCACUUUAAUUGACUAAUCCUCAAUUCUCUUGGCCUUAUGGGGUAAUGGGUCUGGGAACCCAUUUCAUUCUUAUCUACCAAAGAAUUACCCAGAAGCACAUUAAAUGCCAACACUCCACCUGCACAGUGGGAGUGAGAAACUUUUGUAUCCCAAAACAUAUUCCUUUAUAGCGUCUGCUGCACCAUUUGGAAAUGUUUUACUUUUAACCUCAAGAUUUAAAUAAAGUAAACACUAUGCCACUGA